GUAAGUGGCAAGCUAGCUUAGCAAAGAAGUCAACCAGAAAUUUGGACUGGAAGGGAUGGAGGCUGUGUACCACAGCCGUCACUGACAGCGGUUUUCCAAUUUAAACUACUUGGAAUCAUAAAACCACUGACAUAGGGGUCAAAGGUCAGGCUGAGUCACCAUGGAGUCCAUGCUGAACAAGCUCAAGAGCACUGUCACCAAGGUGACGGCCGACAUGACCAGCGCCGUUAUGGGCAACCCGGUGACGCGUGAAUUUGAAGUGGGCCGUCACAUUGCCAGUGGCGGGCCCGGCAUGUGCUGGAGGAUCUACAACGGAACCAAGAAGUCAACCAAACAGGAGGUGGCUGUGUUUGUGUUUGAUAAGAAGAUGGUGGAGAAGUAUCAGAAGUUUGACAAGGACCAGAUCAUUGAGUCUCUGAAGAAAGGUGUGCAGCAGCUCACCAGACUGCGUCACCCUCGUCUGCUCACUGUCCAGCACCCACUGGAGGAGUCGAGGGACUGCCUGGCGUUCUGUACAGAGCCAGUGUUUGCCAGUCUGUCCAAUGUGCUGGGUCAGUGGGACAACCUGCCCAGCCCCGUGCCCACAGACAUCAAGGACUACAAGCUAUACGACGUGGAGACCAAGUAUGGCCUGUUGCAGAUCUCGGAGGGCUUGUCAUUCCUACACAGCGGGGUGAAGAUGGUCCAUGGGAACCUGUGUCUGGAGAACAUCAUCCUCAACAAGAGCGGAGCCUGGAAGAUCAUGGGCUUUGACUUCAGCAUCUCCUCCAUCAACCCCUCCGAUGCCGAGCCCAAGUAUUCCUGUAAGGAGUGGGAGCCCAACCUGCCGCCGCUCUGCCUGCCCAACCCAGAGUAUCUGGCCCCCGAGUACAUCCUGUCGGUGAGCUGCGACGCCGCCUCGGACAUGUACUCGCUGGGCGUGGUGAUGCACGCCGUCUUCAACGAGGGCAAGCCGGUGUUGCAGGUCAACAAGCACGACAUCUUCAAGAGCUUCAGCCGACAGCUGGACCAGCUCAGCAGACUGAGCCCCACCAUGUUGAAUAAGAUUCCUGAGGAGGUGAGGGAGCACGUCAAGAUGCUGCUGAAUGUCACGCCCAACGUCCGCCCUGACGCUGACCAGAUGACCAAGAUCCCCUUCUUUGAUGACGUGGGGGCGGUGACGCUGGCCUACUUUGACUCCCUCUUCCAGAGGGACAACCUGCAGAAAUCCCAGUUCUACAAAAACCUGCCCAAGGUCUUGCCCAAGCUACCCAAGAGAGUGGUGGUGUAUCGUAUCCUCCCAGCCCUCACCUCAGAGUUUGUAAACCCAGACAUGGUGCCGUUCGUCCUGCCCAACGUGCUGCUGAUCGCAGAGGAGUGUACCAAGGACGAGUACGUCAGACUCAUCCUGCCGGACCUCAGCCCUGUGUUCAAGCAGCAGGAGCCUGUCCAGGCAAGCAAUAUGAUCCUGCUGAUCUUCCUGCAAAAGAUGGACCUGCUGCUGACCAAGACCCCACCGGAGGACAUUAAGAACAGCGUUCUGCCCAUGGUCUACAGAGCCCUGGAGGCCCCCUCCAUCCAGAUACAGGAGCUGUGUUUGAACAUAAUCCCUACCUUCGCCAACCUGAUUGAGUAUCCCUCCAUGAAGAACGCACUCAUCCCCCGCAUCAAGUCUGCCUGUCUACAGACCUCCUCACUUGCAGUGAGGGUGAACUCCCUGGUGUGCCUGGGGAAGAUUCUGGAGUACCUGGACAAAUGGUACGUCAUUGACGAGAUCCUUCCCUUCCUGCAACAGAUCCCCUCCAGAGAACCAGCCGUACUCAUGGGGGUUCUAGGGAUCUACAAGUGUACCUUCUCCCAUAAGAAACUGGGCAUCCCCAAAGAGCACCUAGCCGCCAAGAGUCUGCCUCACCUAGUCUCGCUCAGUAUAGACAACAACCUCAACCUCAAUCAGUUUAACUCCUUCAUGGCUGUGAUCAAAGACAUGCUGACUCGUAUGGAGGCAGAGCACAAGACCAAACUGGAGCAGCUACACAGCAUGCAGGAACAACAGAGGAGUAUGAAUAUUAAUACUAGUCAGACCAACCAAUCGGAAGAGACGAAGCGCACCCCCAGCCCUGGCAACCAGAUUGAUGACGUCUUUGGAGGGAGUUCUGGGAGUGCAGGGGUUAAUGGGAAAGCGAACGGAAACUCUGCAUCAGCUCCCCAACUCCCCAGAAUGUCUCUGACUCUGGAGGAGAAGCAGCGGUUAGCCAAGGAACAGGAACAGGCAGCCAAACUGAGAAACCAGCCAGCGCUAGCCCCCCAGAGUAUCAAACCAGCUACUCCUUCUACCCAGGCCAAGGACCUGACCAGCUGCCUGCUGAACAAUAUGACAUCCCUGGGCAGCCUGUCCCUCACCUCUCCCCCCAGACCAGGCCUCAUCCAGGGCAGCACCAUCUCAACCUACCCCUCCACCACCCCCAUGGGCUCUAUGGCCAGCAACGGCUACAACCCAACCAUGGGCUUCCAGGCAGGUGGGCAGGGCAUGCGCGCCCCCGGCCCCGGCCUCUACGGAGGGAUGGCCACCACCACCAGCACCCCUAACUUUGGCACCCUGACCCACAACCAAGGGAGUAGCAACACCCCUGACAUGUCUGCCUUGGACUCCUUGUUCACUUCCAGCAAGCCCAAAGUCAGCCUUAACCAAAUGGCUCCUCCCAAACCCACCCCUGGGACCACCGCCACCCCCUGGCUUAAUCAGUUUGGUUCAGCCCAGCCCAGUCAGACUGCCCCGAUGCAGGGCGCGCCAUUAGCCAUGGGAGGGGUGACCAGCGGGUUCGGGAUGCAGGCCAACCCUUUCUUCAGCCCACAGAACUUCUCUCAGCCCACGGCUGCUCCCGUAAUGAACACGGGUGGUGGGCUCAGACACAGUUCGUCCAUCAACAACGACCUGAAAGACCUAUUUGGCUGAAAACAACUUUCCCUUCUUUUAAUGACGACAGACUGAUGAAAAAGGGGAGUUGGACUUUUGAAUUGCAAAGAAGAAAAAAGAAAAAUCCACUUUUUGGACCGACUGUGAAAAUGAUGUUGAAAUUCACUUUGAUAUUUGUUGCUAUUUGUAUUUUAAUCUUCUGUGGUUUGGGUUGCAGUGUGGUUCUUCUAAGCUCCCAUCGGACUGAACACUGAAGACUCAGCUUUUCAAUCUGCACGUGGACUCCAAACCGUCUUGACUAGAGAGAGAGAGAGA